ACAUGGUAUGCACAUGUUUGUCUGUUGAUGAAAGAAAUUUUGGUCUACAUCCGUCCGUUAAGGCUGUGCUUUGUGCGACUAUACUGUGAUUUUUUUCACCUGUGGUGCAACAAGAAAAUAGUUAAAUAACAACCAAUCUGUGCGUUUUUUAUCUUCUGUUCGCUUUCAAUGGUUCAAAUAGGUAUAACAGCACCUCCUAUGAGUGAAAACUGCUCUUUAUCACUCAGCACGAACGUGUCCACGCACCAAAAGUACAAAAAACAUUUCAGCAUAUCUCUUCCUAAGCUGAUAAGGUUGCGGUCGUCAGAAAGAUCGUCAGAAACAAAACGUCCGGCCGACAAUAUUUUGGAUAAGAUCCGAUGCGAAGAGUUCUCAAGACUGGACGACGCCGGCAUGGUAUACCUAGACUAUGCCGGUGCUGCUCUGUACCCCAAGCAUCUACUCACCAUGCAUCAUAGAUUCCUCGAACAGCAUGUUUUAGGUAAUCCUCAUUCUGGGAGUCCAGCGUCGAUGAUGUCGAGUCAAAUUGAGAUAGAGGCCAGAAAGGAAGUCUUGAAGUAUUUCGAUGCAAAUGAAGAGGAAUACAUGGUUGUGUUCACUUCAAAUGCAAGUGGGGCAUUAAAGUUAGUAGCUGAAGCAUACCCUUUUGGCGAAAACGCACGACUCAUGCUCAGUGAAGAUUCCCAUAACUCACUUCAUGGAAUGAGAGCCUUUGCCGCUAAGUCAGGUGCCAAAACGGAUUAUAUACGAGUGCAUGACUCAGGUCUGAUCGACUCUGAAAGUUUUAAUCGUAUAGUCGAAGGACAAGAAGAUGGCAGUCAGCCAAACACCACGAAAGGACUGUUAGUCUUGACAGCGCAAAGUAACGUAUCUGGAGUUAAGCAAGACUUGGACCUAGUCAAAAAAGCGCAAACGUUGGGGCAUGAUACCGUGGUGGACAUAGCAGCCUUGGCCGCUACCUCACGUGUAUCUUUGCGUAAGAUCAAUCCCAGUGCAGCCAUAGUUUCCUUCUACAAACUUUUUGGUUAUCCAAGUGGUAUUGGCGCACUGAUCAUGAAGCAAGACUUUGCCGAAAAAUUACGUAGACCUUACUUUGGAGGCGGUACCAUCGAAACCGUGCAAGUCCCAGGACUCAAUGUCACCAUGGCCGAAGGCUCAAGAAGAUUCGAGGACGGUACAAUCAAUUUCUUAUCCUUACCUGCAAUCAUCUAUGGACUCCAGUUUAUAGAUGGCGUCAUCGACCUUGUCCAACAGCGAGUGAGAGAUUUGAUGGAGUACACAAUAAGUUCGCUGUCCACGAUAUGCUACAAAAAUGGUACACACAUUGUCACCAUUCAUGGAGCAGUGAAUCCGAGCCAGCGUGGAGGCAGUCUUGCACUCACUUUCCAUGCAAGCAAUGGAGAUGAAGUACCUUGUGAAAAUAUCGAAAUGUUGGCCAACAAGGAAAGAAUGUCGCUUCGCUCAGGUUGCAUGUGCAAUCCAGCUAUGGCAGCUAUAUUGACUCACCAUAGGCAAGAGAUAGGCAGAAUAGGAGAAAAUGUCAAGUAUUCGGAUUUACUUGAGCAACUCGGGAAGAGUUCCAUUGGCGUGGUCCGCAUUUCUUUCGGUCUAGCAUCUAACCAGAAGGAUGCAGACAAGUUUGUAAAAUUUGUUAAAUCCCUCGCUAAAAAUGAAGCAUUGGACUAAGGAGAACCAAAGUCGACAAACGCAUUGUGAAUAGUAUUCAAACCAGAGCAUAUAGACAUAGCAUUUUUAAAUAAAACCUUACAGUG